AUGUCUCUAAAUUACAUCAAGAACUUCUGUGAAGGAUGUUUAAACCUCCAACAAUUCCACACUCCCUUCUUUGGAUCUCUGUGAAUGUUCUUCCUUGGAGCAUUAGGCUUUGCAGUUUAUGGAAAUGAGGCUUUGCACUUCAGCUGACCGAGGACAAAAGAGAUAAAUCUCUUCUGUUACAAUCAGUUCAGGCCAAUAACUCCCCAAGUAUUCUGGGCAUUACAGCUAGUGAUUGUCUUGCUUCCUGGAGCUAUUUUCCACCUUUAUACUGCAUGUAAAAGCAUCAACCAAGAAUGCAUUCUUCAAAAGCCCAUGCAUACUAUGAUUUAUAUCCUCUCAGUCUUACUAAGAAUUAGUCUAGAGGUGAUCGCAUUUUGGCUUCAGAUCCACCUCUUUGGUUUCCAAGUGAAACCUACUUACUUGUGUGAUGAUGGAUCUCUUGGUAAAGAAACUAUUAUAAAAUGCAUGGUUCCAGAACACUUUGAAAACACUAUUUUUCUCAUUGCAAUGUAUAAAUUUACUGUAAUCACAAUGGUAUUGUGUGUUGCUGAGGGUUUUUAGAUCAUUUUUAGAAGACUUUUCUCUUUAAACAAUGACAAGGAUUGGUUACCUAUUAUCAUGCCAUAG